AGGAUAAAUAGCAGCUUUGAUUCCCUGCCUCCUCUCUGCAUUCUCCCCACCUUCCCAACAACAUGCGUCUUGCCAGUGUGGUCAGCUCCUGCUGCCUCCUAUUGCUACUGGGGGCUCUGCCUGGAUGGGCAGCCAAAGAUGACCCCCUGGAGAAGGUCAUUGAAGGCAUCAACCGAGGGCUGACCAGUGCAGAGAGAGAAGUGGGCAGGGCCCUGGAAGGCCUCAACAAUGGAAUCACUCAAGCUGGAAGAGAAGUGGAGAAAGUUUUUAGUGGACUUGGCAACGUGGGGAGCCAGAGCGGCAAGGAGCUGGACAAGGGUGUCCAGGGGCUCAACCACGGCUUGGACAAGGUAGCCCAUGGGAUCAACAAUGGUGCUGGACAAGCCGGAAAGGAAGCAGAGAAGUUUGCCCAUGGGGUCAACAGCGCCGCUGGACAGGUUGGGAAGGAGGCAGACAAAGUGAUUCAGGGGGUACAUCAUGGGGUGAACCAGGCAGGAAGUGAAGCAGGGAGGUUGGGCCAGGGGGUCCACCAUGCUAUAGGGCAGGCUGGGCAUGAGGCAGGAAGAUUGGGCCAGGGGAUCCACCAUGCUGCUGGGCAGGCUGGGAACGAGGGAGGGAGGCUGGGCCAGGGGGUCCACCAUGCUAUAGGGCAGGCUGGGGAUGCGGCAGGGAAGUUGGGCCAGGGGGUCCACCAUGCUGCUGGGCAGGCUGGGAAUGAGGGAGGAAAGUUGGGCCAGGGGGUCCACCAUGCUAUAGGGCAGGCUGGGCAUGAGGCAGGAAGGUUGGGCCAGGGGAUCCACCAUGCUGCUGGGCAGGCUGGGAACGAGGGAGGGAGGUUGGGCCAGGGGGUCCACCAUGGUAUAGGGCAGGCUGGGGAUGCGGCAGGGAAGUUGGGCCAGGGGAUCCACCAUGCUGCUGGGCAGGCUGGAAAUGAGGGAGGGAAGUUGGGCCAGGGGGUCCACCAUGCUAUAGGGCAGGCUGGGCAUGAGGCAGGAAGGUUGGGCCAGGGGAUCCACCAUGCUGUAGGGCAGGCUGGGAAUGAGGGAGGAAAGUUGGGCCAGGGGUUUGGCCAGGGGAUGCACCAUGGUGUUAAUGAGGCCUGGAAAGAGACAGAGAAGUUUGGUCAGGGGGUGCAAUACACUGCAGGGCAGGCUGGGAAGGAGGUGGAGCAGUUUGGCCAGGGGAUGCACCAUGGGAUUUACGAGGCUGGGAAGGAGGCAGAGAAGUUUGGUCAGGGGGUGCAGCAUGCCGCAGGGCAGGCUGGGAAAGAGGGCGACAGAGUGAUCCAAAGCGUCCAUCAAGGAGUUAACCAGGCUGGGAAGGAGGCAGAGAAGUUCGGUCAGGGGGUGCACUAUGCCGCAGGACAGGCUGGGAGAGAGGGGGACAGAGUGAUCCAAGGGGUCCAUCCUGGGUUCAACCAGGCUGGGAAGGAGGUGGAGCGAUUUGGCCAGGGGGUUCACCAUGCUGUUGAACAGGCCGGAAAGGAUGCGGACAAAAUGGUCCAAGGGUUCCAUGAUGGGGUCAACCAGGCCGGGAAGGAGGCAGAGAAACUUGGCCAAGGGGUCCACCAAGCUGCUGGCCAGGCUGGAAAGGAAGCGGAGAAACUUGGCCAAGGUGUCCACCAGGCUGCUGGCCAGGCCGGGAAGGAGGCGGACAGGUUGCAGCAGAAUUUUCAUAAUGGGGUCCACCAAGCCGGCAAGGAGGCCAACCAGCUGCUGAAUGGCGGUCAUCAAGGCGGAUACACCGGCCAGCACGGAGGGGGCGCAACCACAACAUUAACAUCUGGAGCUUCGGCCAACAAGCCCUUCAUCAACUUUCCAGCUCUGUGGUGGAGCGUCGCCAACAUCAUUCCCUAAACUGAUGCACUGGCCUUGCUGAGCAGACUGACCUUCCUGUGGUUCUAUCAGCUGAAAUGAC